AUGGAGGAUACUAUGGACUCAUCCAUGAAGAUAAUCGCGUCAUGGGAUUACGAAACCUCAGAUAUCUCCCCCAAUACAUCCUUGUUCAACCACCAUAGCCGCCUAGAAGUCCUCGAAUUCAUGCGUGCUGUCAAGGACUUACACGCUGCUAUCCAAUUCUUCGCCACUACAUCUGCUUUCUUCUCCGCUACAUCUGCUAACUCCGCCAACCACCCGCCUCAUAAGAAGAUUGUUUCAUCACAAAACUUGCUUCGUGUAGCCAAAAAACGCCUUAGUAGUGAAUUUUUUUCUCUUCUUAAGGCGAAUAGUAAGCAUCACAUCGACUAUUAUUCUGUUGAAGACGAUAAUUCUCAUUCAUCAUCUGGUGACCUUUCUACACUUAAUCGCAAUAAUUUUGAGAAUAAUAAUAUCUUCACCGUAACAAACUAUAAUAACAACUCAUCAGAAGAUCAUUCUACCACGGAAGAAUCAUCCGCCAUGGCUGACCUUAAGUUGAUCACAGAUUGUAUGAUGAGCGCGGGAUUUGGGAAGAAAUGUCUUAAGAUAUAUAAGCUCACGAGACGGUCUUUUGUUGAUGAUGUUCUGCUUAAACUUGGUGUUCGUAGACUGAAAAAAUUUCAGGUUCAGAAAUUUGAUUGGGAAACAAUUGAUGCGAAAAUGAAUAGAUGGUUAAAAAUAGUUGGAACUUGCGUGAAAGUAUUUGGUAAUGAGAAGAAUUUAUGUGAACAUCUUUUCUCUGCAUCUACGUUGUCAUCUGUUACAGAAACAUGUUUUUCAGAGGUUUGUAAAGAGGCUGCCCUACUUUUAUAUAGAAUACCUGGGAAACUUGCGAAACACUCAAAGAAAUCUCAUGACAAAAUCUUGAAGUUCCUUAAUCUUUAUGAAGGAAUGUCCGAGGAUAUAUCAGAAGUUGAUCGAAUCUUCUCAUCAGAAGUGACCUCAGCUGUUAGGUUACAGCUGAGGUCAUCUCAUGGACGUGUUUCUGAAACAGUCAAAUUAAUGGUAACAGAAUUCGAGGCGUCCAUUCAUAAGGACGCCUCAAAAGGUUUGGUUUCAGGAGGAGCGGUCCACCCUUUGACUAAACAUGUGAUUAACUAUUUAGUCAAUCUUUCUCAUAACGCAAUUUUACUAGAUAAAAUCCUUGCGGAUUAUCCAGUAAGCUUGCAGUCUCCGUUACCAGAGAGUUAUUUCGAAGGCGAAACAUUGUCCUCCCCCGUGGCAUUGCAAUUCGCUUGGUUAAUAUUGGUAUUACUAGGUAAACUAGAUACUAAAUCGGAGCUUUACAAAGAUGCCGCUCUUUCUUACCUUUUCUUAGCCAAUAACCUACAAUACGUUAUAAAUCAAGUCAAGUCAACAAAAUUGUACAACGUGUUAGGUGAAAAAUGGGUUACCAAACACACUUCAAAAGUUGUACAAUACGCCGCAAAUUAUGAAAGGAUGGGUUGGGGCAGAGUGAUAUCAUCGUUACCAAAAGAUAUAACGAUAGAGAUUUCACUUGACAAAGUUAAAGAUAGUUUUAAGAGAUUCAACAUUGGAUUUGAGGAAGAGUAUCGGAAGCAAGUGGAUUGGAUUGUACAAGAUUCUAAGCUAAGGGACGAUAUGAAAGCGUCAAUUGUUAGAAAAGUUGACUUAAGAUAUAGGAAAAUGUAUGAUAAAUAUAAGGUUGUUUUAGCCAAAACUAGAGAAAGAGGUAAAAUUGAUUCUGUUAUUAAAUUUACCCCUGAAGAUUUAGAAAAUUACUUGUCAGACCUACUUGAUGGUCAUGAAGAAGACGACGACGUUUCGGGGAGUAGAGGAAGUGUUGAAACGACGUCGUAUGAUGGGAAAGAGAACCCAGUUCUUCAACGACGUAGUCGACGUCUUCUUCUUUUGGUUCGUCAACAUCAUCAUCAGUAA